AAGCACCAAUUUCAUUUCUGUUCAACUUGAUGCUAUUUCAAGGCAGUGUCCUUCAUGAACAAGACCAAGAGAGCCCUUACGCUUUUGCUAAGGCUCCUAGCCUUUGGAGCAACUAUAGCAGCAGCCAUUGUUAUGGUGACAAGCCAUGAAUCUACUGAGAUCCUGAACCUAACUUUCACCGCAAAAUAUAGCGACGAGCCAGUAUUCAAGUACUUUGUGAUAGCAGAAGCCAUAGCAAGUGGAUACAGCCUCAUCAUUGUUCUCUUCACAUGUUUCCAAAAUUCACUUUGGCGUUUGAUUGUGAUCUUGGAUGUGGUGAUGGCAAUGCUACUCAGUUCAAGCGUUUCAGCAGCACUUGCAAUAGCUCAGGUGGGGAAGAAAGGUAACAGCCAUGCCGGUUGGUUACCUAUUUGCGGACAAGUUCCUAAGUUUUGUGACCAUGUCUCUGGAGCACUCGUUGCUAGUUCUGCUGCAGCUAUAAUCUACUUCCUUCUUAUAUUAUUUUCUUCCCUUUACUCUACAGAAUGCACUCUUCCUGUGAAACCUGAAACAGAUCCAUCACAUGUUACCUAGUUGUUUUUACUCUUUUUUAAUUUUGUCUUGCAUCCUUGAUCCUUCACGUGUGCUAUAGUACUAGUCCCUUUAAAUCACUUGUAUUUGAUUUAUCCAAGUUAUAGACAAUCAAAAUGAUGACACUUAUGAAUAUUAAAUUUGG